UAGAUUGGCUGUCCCUGUGUGUUUUCCCCACUGAUACGAACCGCGGAGAACACAACUGCCCAUUGGCUUCCUUAUUGUCAUCAGUGUCUGCGUAAAUAGAUCGGUCACCGGUGGUCGCUAAUAAGAAUAGAGUAAUAACGAUUAGCGAGCGAAGAGCAGCAACGCAAAAUCGCAACACGUUACGCGACAACCGCUCGACUUAUCUUUUAUCUAUGCGCUCGACGAGCUGCAGUCGGCACUCUGCAGAAGACGUCUAGAAGAGCAGCAAAUUUCCUUAAUUUUUUUUUUUUCCCCCCAUUCUCAGUCACUGGCACCGCCACUGCCGUUGUUGCGUGCGCGUCCCCGAUAACACUCGUCGCAAACGCACGCACGCACGGACGCACGCGCCACUCACUCGCCGACCGUACGAAGAGCAGCGGAUAAUAAUAUUGUACAGUGUGAAAAACGCCGAAAAUCCCCGCGUAUCGUUAUUAUACACACGCACGCACGGACCGUAUACGCGUUUUCGGUUAAUUAUAUUAUUAAUUUAAUACCCAUUUGUGUCGAUAAAUUGUUAUUUAUUAUUUUUUUUUUUUUAUUAUUUUAAUAAUAUUAUUAUUAUUACUACUGUACGCCGCGACGCCGCCGAUCCGUAUCGCACGCACGCACGGGCGCCGCCUUACCGCACGUACGUUUCGUAGUCGUGGUCACGUCGUUUGUCGUCACUCGCCGUAUACGCGCACCGCCGAAACCGCCACCAACGGCACGCCGAGAACGCCUCAUCGACGCUCCGACAUCGCCGCCGCCGCUGCCAUAAACCGCUCACCGCCCAGACACGCGACGACGAGUCAUCAACAACACCGUCACACACCCGCACACACAUCGUGCACAGCAAUGGACGAUCUUAAGGUCGAGGUGCUCUUCGAGAACGGCGCCUAUUAUGAGGGUUUUGUCACAGGUGUAAUGGAAAGUGAAGUUCUAGUUUCUUUUCCUAAUGAUUGGUAUCCUGAAACUAAAUUCAACUGUGACAAUGUUCGUCUUCCCUUAUCAGAUGAACAAUGUAAUACAGAAUUUAGUGAUAAUCAAGAAAUAGAAGUAAAAGCAGUCAGGGAACCUCAUCCUAGUUUUGGAUGGAUAAAAGCUGUUAUAAAAAUUAUCAGUGGUAACCCACCAUCUCAGUUUGUUGUCCAAUAUUUCAACUCAUCAGUCACAGAAAUAGUCUCUCCUGAUCGAGUCAGAUGCAGUAACAAUAAUGCUCACAUUAAUGGAGAUACAUUUUAUAAGUUUGAUAUCGAUGUACCAGAAGAUGUUAGAGAGUCUGCUAAAAUUGAUGGUAUCCAUAAAGAUCUGCAGAAAGCAAUUGGAGCAUCUCUAGUGUUAUAUAAUCCUGAUCAAUCAGUGUUGAGUGUUAUAUCUCGAUCACCGUUGACCAGUAAAAGGGCAUUGAUGUUAGCUGACAUGCACUUCAGAAACCUGAAUCAAAAGGUUAUGUUGCUUAAGAAGACUGAAGAGUUAGCCAGGCAACUGGAAAGUUCCAAGCUACAGAUUACAUCAUCAUCAUACACUGAUGAAUUUAAUGUCCGUGAUGAUCUUAUGGGUUUAGCUAUUGGUGCUCAUGGCACUAACAUCCAACAAGCUCGCAGGGUUGACGGUAUUACAAAUAUUGAAUUAGAUGAACAUACUGGCGUUUUUAAAAUCUACGGAGAAAAUAAAGACGCAGUCAUGAAAGCUCGAGGCAUUUUAGAGUAUAGGGAAGAGUUUCUUCAAGUUCCAAGAGAUUUUAUAGGGAAAGUAAUUGGUAAAAAUGGUCGAAACAUCCAAGAUAUUGUUGACAAGAGCGGAGUGAUCAGAGUAAAAAUUGAAGGUGAUAAUGAGCCACAACCUACCAUUCCUCGUGAAGAGGGUCAAGUUCCUUUUGUGUUUGUUGGCACAGUAGAAAGCAUUUCUAAUGCUAAAGUUCUACUAGAAUAUCAUUUAGAACACCUUAAAGAACUUGAACAAAUUAGGCAAGAAAAAAUGGGAAUGGAACAAGAGUUGCGUAGUAUUCACAGUACUGGACCAGCUUACCCUCAUACCUCAAUUCCCAAUUAUACGAUGCAAAGGAGAAAUGACCGUAAUUUUAAUGCUGACAGCGAAAAUAUGAAUAAUGGCUUGGGUAACUCUGUUGGAAGAGGAAAUAGCAGACCCAGAGGUACCUCAGGCCGGGGUCGAGGUUCAAGACAUGAUUUUUAUGCCAAUAGUGGUAGUAGAAAUCAACAUCCAGAUGGAGUUGACGAUAGACUUCCACCACCUCCUCAACGUUCUAAUCAAUACCAGUACAAUCGAACAGUUAGUCAAGGAAAUAACUUGUCCAGAGAACGUCGUGGUGGUAGUAGUAAUUCAGCUCCCAGAGGUUCCAGGGGCGGUGGAAAUAGGCGAAUGGAUGAUAGACGAAGAACAGCUGAUGAUGAGCAAACCAUUCUUGAUAAUGCUCAAGACAGUGGUGAUAGAGAGUCUGUAUCUAGUGUGGACGCGCAAGUACCGAAGUCCAAAAGCAGUCAAAAACGAAGAAAUCGCGCCAUAGCUGCUGCUCAAGGUGAACCAUCAAUCAAUUCUAAUCCCAUUGGUAGUAAUAGUGACAAUGCUAAUAACUGGGUGUAUGACUUCAGUAAUGACAUAAAAAGUGAAACUGUCGCCACGUCUCAAACCGCCAACAAUGGAAAUACCAACAAUGGUAAUGCUAACAACGGAAACUCUAAACCAGCCAAAUCUCAAAAGUCCAAAGGUCAACAGAACAAGUCUCCUACAAAGAACAAGUCUAACAGCACUGCAACAUCAGCAGCUAAUGGACAGCAAGUCAUGGUAAAUGGCUCGUCUUCUGCCCCUGAUGCUGAUUCUGCUUAAAAAAGUCUUAAAACCUACUACUAUAACAUCUAAAAGGAACAGGUUAAUUUUCUGUUUCUAAAUUAAAAAAAAAUAACAUUUUCGUGGUGUUAAGAUUUCAAACCACAAAUAUUUUAUUUUAAAUAUUUAAAAAAAAAAAAAACAAUAAUAAUUAACAACAAAAAGAUAGCAUCUUAAAAAUGUGUGGGAAUUAAUGUAAUUGUAUUAGAAUUCUUUUCUGCACUUAUAGAUAUUUAUAUUUUUUAUUUUCUCAAUGUAUAAAUAGUCAUGUUAAAUACAAAAAAAGAUAUAUUUGAAAUCGGCUUUCUUAAUGCAUGACACAAAAUAUAAAAUACAUAUAUAUAAUUAUAACAACAAAUUAGGUUUUUUCCCUAGAAGACCUUAAUAUUGAGAUUUAUUAAGUGUUAGUAAAAAUUUAAAUAUCUAUUUAUCAUGUUUGUCGGCGAGUAAACGGGGCUUAACAGAUUAUUUCUAACAAAUUAAAAUUGAAAAAAAAACAUUAUUUAUUAUAUAUAAUUUUUUUAUAUUAACAGUGUGUUCUUUAUGAGUUUAUUUGAAAUUUUUUAAUUUCAAAUAAAAUUCCACAAAUCAAUUUUUAAAAAAUAUAUUCAUUACUAUAUCCUUGAUAUUCGUAGACAUUUUAUAUAAAAAAAAAAUCUUUAAUAAUUUAAAAAAUAUAAUAUUAUUUUGAAAUUAAAUCAAUAUAAACAUAUUUAUUGAUAAAUAUAAUAUAAUAUAAUAAAUUCAACAAUAAUAAUAAUUACUAUAAUGAAUUUAUUUAUACUUAAAACAAAAAUAUAGUGAAUUAGAUUUGUUACAUGGCAGUAAUUCAGUCACAAUGUUAAAUCGUGUACGUUAACAACAAAAAAAAAGUAAUAAUUAAUUAUAAAAUGUUAAAAGUAAACUUACAAAAACAUCCAAAUAAUGAUCUUCAAAUAAAUAGUUUUUUUUCACGUGUAUUAUGCAAAUAUGCAUUUAUUUUUUUUGCGUACACUAUUAAACAAUUCCAACAUAAUUGGUUUUGUUUAUUAUUAUAGGUACUUAUUUAUUUAUUAUUUUUUAAAACUAAUAUUAGUAGUUCUAUAAUGAUUUAAUUAAUAAUUAUGUUGAUAACAUUUUUCUUAAUGUAUGAAUUAAUAGGGUGUGCAGUCCAAAUAAAAUAAAAUUGGUCAUUAGGCUACAAUUUAUUCAAUCAUAGUACACGAUUAAUGUCAUAUCUGUACUAAAUGUUGUCAAAGUCGUAACGGAAGGACGACAAUUUGAUCGUGUCUUAUUUAAUAAGUAAAACUUAUCUGCGAGUAGAAGAUCACUCAUUAUGUCUUAAAUGUCUAAUUAUUAUGUCUCACUAAGUGAAUGAUUCGAGUAAUUUUGGCACCUUAUUUAGUGGAUUCUGCUGCAAUUGUCCAGCAUUAUUAUAUAUUGUGACUUUUUCAUUGAUGUAUACAUAUAUAUUAUAUACUAUUUUAUGUAAUAUAUAUAUAUAUUAUAUUACGAUCAUUAUAAAUUAUACAUGCCUAUCUCUUAUAUAUAUGUUUAUAAAUGUAUUAAUAUAUUAUACAUGUAUACUAUAUAUUAUAUACAUAAAUUAUAUAAGAUACUAAAGGUAAUACAUCCUCUUAAUAUACUAUUAGUUAUAUAGUAUAAUCUACUGAAAUACAUUAUUAUAAUUUUUUUUUUUUGCAUAAUAAAUAAAUUGUACAUUUUUGAAAUAAUUUA